AUGCGGCAUAACGAAGGUAGCCUGGGGAAGGCAAGGAAACUUGAGGUUUUUGACUUGUUGACAUGCAAAGCCAGGGGAUUUUGCAGCAUAAACCCCGCGGACAAGGAACAAGAAGUCAAUGAAAAUGGGGAGCCAAUUAUAAGACUGACCUUGCUGAUGCGGAGAGGUGCAAGAUCAUUCAAGAAUGCAACGGCCGUGAUUGAUAUAUUUGCAAAGGAAUGCGCAAGGGUGGAGGGCUGCAUAUUGAAAGUAGCCCAAUCGGAAGAUCUCAGCUUCUGUGACCAGGUGAGAGUAAUGAGUAACACUGACAUCGUUGCAUCACCGCAUGGCGCACAAUUGACAAACAUGCUCUUCCUGGAGCGCAACAGCAGUGUAAUGGAGUUCUUCCCCAAAGGAUGGUUGGAGCUUGCAGGCUUAGGUCAGUAUGCACAUCAUUGGAUGGCUGACCAAUCUGGGAUGAGACAUUGAGGAGCAUGGUGGGACCAGGUCGGGCCGGAGUGCCCAUCUCCUCAGCAUGGUCCAGAGUGUUUUGAGUGAGGAUCAGUAAACUAGAAAAAGCCACUAGGGGUAAACAUCAGGAAAAUUCAGGAGCCUGUCUAUGCUAGUAUCACUUCACAACGCUGAGAGAAUGAAGUUUUUCAAGCUUAAAUGGAAUUAACAACGCUUUUACUGAUGUAGAGAUUAUUUGUCAAAGCUAAAGAAUAAUAUUACUCAGAUCAUUUACACUGGAA